CAUGCACCUGGGAGCCCUCAUCCUCACUGCCCUGCUGGGGACACUCCUGGGCACCAUGGGGCAGGUCAGCAUCACCCAGCCUGAGAGACAAGUCACACUCAAGCAGGGACACACCUUCCAGACUACCUGCACUUACCAGAGCUCUCUUUUUGGAGGCUUGCUCUGGUACCAGCAGAGGAAAGGCCAAGCUCCCCAGCUGCUCUCCCUUCAGGCAAGAUCUGCCUCCCAGGUCAAUGGGCGACUCAGGACCGUGCUGAACACCACGGGGAAAUACAGCCUCCUGCAGCUGGAGGCACUCGAGGUCUCUGACAGUGCCUUGUACCUCUGUGCUGUGCAAGACACGGCGCAGCUGCUGUUUGGCUCUGGGACCACACUGUCCAUCCAGCCCAGGGAGUCUCCAUCUCCUUCAGUCUACAGGCUGCUCUCUAAAGAUGCUGAGGAUUUGGAAAUGUGCCUUCUCACAGAUUAUGCCCCUGAAAACAUGACCUUUGGCUGGGGUGACAAGCAGACAAAUGCUGUGGUGGAGGUGCCAACACCCACCAAUGAGCAGGAAGCCAGUUGCCUGGCAAGCUACUGGGCCAAGAGAGAUGAAAUGCAAUGUACAGCAAAUCACAGGGGCUUUGGACAGCUGCAGCCUGAGGAUCCUGAAAGUGGUGCCAGCCCUGUCUGUGUUACAGGGGUGUCUCUACACUUCAGGACAGAUGAGAGCCUGAACAUGCUGUCUUUAUCUCAGCUGUGCCUCAAGGCAGUUCUAAUGAAAGGGAUGAUUUUCAACGUGGUGAUGACGAUGCUGAUGUGGAAAAAGAGAAAUGAAAGUCACCAGAUGGUUCAGUCCUGAAGGACCAAAGCAUCUGCUGAGGACCCUUCAACAGAGCAUCGUGUGCAAGAGGAGCACAGGCAUGCCUGCUGCAAGGGAUGCCACUUACACAUGCAUGCCUGCUGCAAGGGAUGCCACUUACACAUCCAUGCCUGCUGCAAGGGAUGCCACUUACACAUGCAUGCCUGCUGCAAGGGAUGCCACUUACACAGGCAUGCCUGCUGCAAGGGAUGCCACUUGCACAUGCAUGCCUGCUGCAAGGGAUGCCACUUACACAUGCAUGCCUGCUGCAAGGGAUGCCACUUACACAUGCAUGCCUGCUGCAAGGGAUGCCACUUGCACAUGCAUGCCUGCUGCAAGGGAUGCCACUUACACAUGCAUGCCUGCUGCAAGGGAUACAACUUACACAUGCAUGCCUGCUGCAAGGGAUGCCACUUACACCUACAUGCCUGCUGCAAGGGAUACAACUUACACAUGCAUGCCUGCUGCAAGGGAUACCACUUACACAUGCAUGCCUGUUGCAAGGGAUGCCACUUACACAUGCAUGCCUGCUGCAAGGGAUGCCACUUACACAUGCAUGCCUGUUGCAAGGGACACCACUUACACAUGCAUGCCUGCUGCAAGGGAUGCCACUUACACAUGCAUGCCUGCUGCAAGGGAUACCACUUACACAGGCAUGCCUGCUGCAAGGGAUACCACUUACACAUGCAUGCCUGCUGCAAGGGAUGCCACUUACACAUGCAUGCCUGUUGCAAGGGAUGCCACUUACACAUGCAUGCCUGCUGCAAGGGAUACCACUUACACAGGCAUGCCUGCUGCAAGGGAUACCACUUACACAUGCAUGCCUGCUGCAAGGGAUGCCACUUACACAUGCAUGCCUGCUGCAAGGGAUGCCACUUACACAUGCAUGCCUGCUGCAAGGGAUACCACUUACACAUGCAUGCCUGCUGCAAGGGAUACCAC